GAAAUGUGAUGAGGUUACUGUAGUUGGUUUCCAUGGGCCAUCGCUCUAUUUCGAAGCUUUACACAGGUCUGUAAAGAGGUAUCUUCCUUGAGGCUGCAUCUCUCACGAAUCGCCCAAUCGGGUUAGCGCUUGUCCAGUCCUGUGGUUCUUAGGUGACGACAACCAAGGUUGGAGCGCACCGCACAACCCCACCUCCGCCUGCUCUCGCUGCUGAGAGCGUCGCGUUUCACCCCAGUUAGAGCUCAGUCGUGGGUCCUAGGUCGUCGGUGGAGAUGGCACCUCAUCGUUUGUUCGUUCCACGCUCAGUAACAAACCGCUACUCGCCGUACAAAGCUGCGACCAAACCAGCUCGCUCUUUGACCACGAAGUUCUCAUCCCGAAGCAGCCCUGUCAACUCCUCCAAAAACGCGCCUGAGAUCUCCACGAAUAUGACUCGCGAUCAGGACGUCGUCGCCGCCGCCGCGCCAAACAAAGCUCUAUCUUUGCUCAUGGGGAACCGCCCUCUUAUGAGGCAGGCACCUCUCGUGAGCACCGUGAGCGCGAUUGGCCUCCCUACAGAGAUUUGGCUGGAAAUUGGCGACUUCUUGGGUCUAUUCCCCCCAACUCACAAACAAAACCCACAUGCGUCCCGCAAGCGCGACAAGGCUCUCGAUGCAAAUUCGGACGUAUGUGGUAUGGAGUCUACUAUGAUCAAGAACCUCAAAAGGGCCCAUAAUCCUCGCAUAUCAAGAGACAUCGACAUACUAUUGGCCCGGUUCCUCUUGAAGUCAACUUUUGCGGCUUACUUCAACAACACGAAGAACAUUGGCUUCAUUCGCACAUGGUUCAACGACAUUGGCGACGCUCAGGACCCGGCAGAAGACGAGUACGGCGUCAACUGCAUCCGCGACAUCGUUUUCUGGACCGGUAUUCGGAUCACCCCGUGCCGUGACUACGACAGCUACGUCAGAAUUCGUGUCGUGCUAGACAAGAAAGAGUCAUCGUUCAAGAUCACGACGAAUGCGCCUCGUUAUCAAGAAGAACAGACCGGCAAGAUGCUUGGACAAGUCCUAGAAGCACUGACUCAAUACCUGGACGCUUCAGUUCGCAAGAGAUUCGCCGGCUACUUCUAUCUGGACCUGAGUGACUGGCAGGCCAUCUUGAAGAUACUGGUACAUGAAAGCCAUUGGACAAGCAUUCAGCACUUGGCUAACCUACCUGUGCGUUUCUGUAGGAGACUGGCGAAAACGCUCAUGUUGAGGUUCCUCGGGUUGACGCUCAUGUUGAGUCUCCUCGGAUUGACACUCAUGUUGAGGUUCCUUGGGUUGACACUCACGGAUGGUUUGUGGAUUGACAUAACACACAGGGGGCUUCAAUGGCAGAGCAAGCCCACGGAACUUGAACUGGCACAGGCAUGAUUAGCUAAGGGUUGGUAACGGCUGGGGGCCUUCAGGUGGGCCAGGCGUUCCGGAGUCCAUUUACCUUCCCUUGUGCCUCACACCCUUCUUCGAUAUCAAGAAGUUGAUCUUUGUUCACAAUUGUAAACUAGUACUUGGGGCCCAGAUGCAUAAAAAGAAAAUGCGGAUGACGAUCAUGAUAUAUCAUCUUGUACUAAAUUCAAUUCAG